AUGACAAACCGCCAUCUGCCGGCUGGGCAAAGCCUAGCACCGGCCAACGGUUCCGCCAUCGCUCACGGCACAGUCCUCAGCAGCAACCAUAAUAUGCCUGCUGCGGCAGAUAUGCCAACGAGCGGAGGCGGUCCGUCUGGGUCGCGCCGCAGACAUCACCAGUACCCGCCUCAGCACCACUACAACCAGCACCAGCACCAUCACCAUCAUCACCACCACAUGCAGCAACAGCAUCCCGCGCAGUAUGCUGCGCCAUACGCCCAUCACCAGCAACACAUGGGCCCGCCGCAGCACAUGUAUGCCAGCGGGUAUGGCAUGCCAUAUGGUGUGCCUCAAGGCUACUAUGGCAUGCCUGGAGCGCAAUACCAGACAAAUGGCGCUCGGGGGGUGCCCAAUGAUCCCCGCUAUAUGCAAUACCAUCACCAGCAAGUCUACCCACAGUCUCCUCCAGCAGCUCCGGGCUACUCCCCCAUGGCUGGUGUGACGGUCCCCCCAAGCUAUCCCCGUCACUCUCAACCAAUGUCUCCAGCCCUGGCGACACCGUACCAGCCUCCACCAACCCCGGCCGCGGCCGCGCCUCCCAUACCGCCGCAGACGCCCUCCUCGACACAGUCUUCGCAAGCUGUCCUUCUGCCUCACACCCCUUCCACGCCCCAGCUCAGCGAAUACAGCGCCUCUGUCAAGCCUGCGUCGCCUGCUACAUCUGUGACACAGAAACCAGCCCCAUUCAUCGCACCUCUCCCCUGGUUCUCCCAUCCCGGCGAGCCCUUUCCGGCGUGGAAGCCGAAGAGUUCACGGAAGAAGUUCACGUCCAGCAGCCUCGCUGUGUCUCUACCUGCCGUUCAGCAAGAGCCCGCUUCUGAGUCGAACGAACCGAAUGAAAAGGCAGACGCCGCGCCUGCAUUGUCGAGUGCGACGGCGGGACAGAUGAAGGAUCAAGCAGCAUCUCAGGAAACUACCAACAUCGAACAUGCUCAGCGCCCAGAGACCACCUCGGGCACACCUGCUACGUCAACGGUCCAAGAGCAUGGCCCAGUUCCUACGUCAGUAGUUCCAAAGGACGCUUCCCAGAAGACGGUUGCCGAGGUCUCGGGGGCAGAAGAGCAGGCCACCGAGCGGGAGGGCAUUGACGAGGCUACAUCAGCUCCGGCCCCGGCCCCGGCUCUGGCUCCGACGCCCCAGCCUGCUCCCCCUACCAGCUGGGCCAACCUGUUUGCAAGGAACGCAGCAAUCCGGGCUGUUGCCACCCAUGGCGAUUCGAGUGUAUCCGCAGUCAAUGGAGAUGGCGCAAAUGGACCAUCAGGGACGAAUCUGUUCCCCAAGGCAGUGACAAACUCUGCAGGUGAUGCGAUCCAUGCAUACCGAGUCGGGUCCAGCGGCAAAGCAGCAUACAUUGAGCCCCGUGGAUUAAUCAACACGGGGAACAUGUGCUACAUGAAUUCGGUCCUACAAGUUUUGAUGUUCUGCGUCCCUUUCUACGAUUUCUUAAACCAAGUCAGCCAGCGAGCUGCGCACAGUUUCAAAAGCGAGACACCCCUGAUUGACGCCAUGAUUAUGUUUAUGCGCGAGUUCAAGGUACUUCGACCGCAUGGGUCCAUCGAGCAGCUUCGUCAAUCUCUCAAGGCGGAAGAUCUCGACAAAUUUGGCGAACCUUUUACUCCUGAAUUCGUGUACGAGGCCAUCAGGCAGCUUCCUCGAUUUGCGAGUAUGAGACGUGGCCACCAGCAAGACGCGGAGGAAUUCCUCGGGUUCCUCCUGCAGUCGCUGGAUGAUGAGUGCACAGCCGUCAUGGGCAACUCGUCGAGCAGCGGUGCUCCUCAGGCCCAGUUGGAUGCAUCUAGUGUCGAUGGUCAGGCUGAGGUAUCCGGCGACUGGCUAGAGGUGGGCCGCAAGCAAAAGGCAGCCGUCUCUCGCUCUUCGGGUACGAAUGCAUCAACGCCCAUCAACAAAAUAUUCGGCGGCUUCUUGCGUUCCGAGUUUCGUGUCCCGGGCCUCAAGGACUCCAUCACCACCGAGCCAUACCAGCCUCUUCAGCUGGACAUCAGCACGCCCGACAUUCGGAGUGUCACCGAUGCCCUCCGUGGCCUGACGAAGCCUGAGCGCCUGCAAGGCGACUUCAACUCUCCACGUGGAAAGGAUGUCUUGGCGACCAAGCAGGUCUUCAUUGAAUCUCUCCCUCCAGUGUUGAUCCUCCAUCUCAAGCGCUUCCAGUUUGACGCGGAGGGCCACGGCACUGUCAAGAUCUGGAAGAAGAUUGACUAUCCCCUUGAACUCGAGAUCCCCCCGCAAGCCCUCUCACGUCAGAAGCGUCAAGCCCUCACGGAGAGCACAGUGCCAAAGUACCAGCUCAUCAGUGUUGUCUACCAUCACGGCAAGAAUGCCAGUGGAGGUCACUACACUGCUGAUGUCCGUCGGCAGGAUGGGCAAGACUGGCUCCGCCUGGAUGACACUGUACUGCGUCGCAUCCCCAGCGACGAUGUCGCCGAGACUGGCUCCAAGGAGGAGCAAAACAAGGAGAUUCGCAACAAGGAAGCGAACAACAACAAUAGCCCCGGUGCCUCUGCGAACAGGUUUGGUGCCAUGAACGACGAAGACGAUGAGGCUGGGGAUGAGGGGGAUUGGGAACAGGUGACGACCACUGCCGGAGGAAACAAGCGCUGGAGCAGCGUCAUCAACGGCAACGGCAGCACCACGCCCAAGAGCAAGCAACACAAGGAAAGUGUGAAGGACAACAAGGUGGCCUAUCUCUUGUUCUACCAGCGGAUCUGA